AUGAAAUUUGUCCUGGCAGUGGCUUUGCUGGUCUCUGCAGCUCGAGCUUUAGUUCUUGUUGAUUCCACAUUGGCUUCAGCUUGCAUUUACUAUGAGCUCAAAUAUGAUUGGGGAUGUAAAUCGCACGGAAACGGAAUGGCAGCCUACAAGUGUCGGUGCGGCAACGUAAAUUGGUUAGGCACAAUAACUAACUGCAUUGUCUCCAACUCAAAGCAAAAACACCUCGUUGACCAUGCGCUAAAGCAUGUCGCGACAAGAUGUCGCCAGAAGGGAGACUUUCAUUAUACGCUUGAAGACAUGUGGGGUUUUUACGAAAAUGGAACACAAUUUCGCAGAGACCCAACCAAAGCAGACCUCACCACGCCAGUGAUGACUACCUUGAAUGUCAACCAAACUCAAUUCGAUUGGUACUACCGCAAAUUCAAAGACAUGGGCUUUGCUGUGCAACGCAGUCAAUGGUUUGGAUGGGGUCUCGUCUUUUAUUGGGCUGCGGUCAUCGGAUUUGCGACAGCCUUAAAUUUGAACGAGAAGUUUUUUGGUUUCAAGUUGAUUGGGAAUCGUUUCAGUACUUCACUGGUAAGCCCAAGCUUUUUACAACCUUAUUCACGUAAGAUUGCUGCCAUUGCAUACCGUAUCUUGCCUUCGCCUUACCCAAACAGGCUCCAGGUCAUCGCUGUCGCAAUAUUCAUUGUCCAGACCAUCAUUACUGCUGGUGUUGGAUAUAACGUCAAACUGCCUCACCCUUAUUUGAAAACUCAGUGGUUCUUGAACAUCGAUAUGCUUAGCUACAGGGUAGACAUGAUGGCUAUUUCACUUUUACCCGUCAUAUUCUUCUUCGGCAUUCGCAACAAUCCUUUUAUUCCCCUCACAGGUCUGUCCUGCUCAUCUUUCAAUUAUUUCCACAAGUGGUGCGCUUACGUUUGUGCGAUUCUUUCCUUUAUCCAUUCUAUCUUGUGGACCGUAGACUCUAUGCGGGACGGAGGGUAUCGAGUGUGGUGGAUGGAUUCUUAUUGGCAGCACGGAAUUGCUGCUAUGGUCUUCCUGUCUUUGCUUGCAAUUCACAGUUUCAAGGUGUUCCGGGACCAGAUCUACGAGAUCUUCCUCGCUUUACACAAGAUUAUGAGUAUCUUCUUCAUCAUUACCAUGUAUUAUCACUUGAAGGACAUGGGAUGGCUCGGUUGGAUCUGGUCUAUGGUUGGAAUAUUAGCCUUUGAUAGAAUCGCCAGGAUUAUUCGAAUUGGUUUGUCAGGUGGUCUACAACAAGCAACAAUAACGGACUGUGGAGAUGGCAUCAUCAAAUUGUCACUAAUAAAGCCAAAAUAUUUUGCAUACAUUCCUGGCUCUUUUUCCUAUAUCUACUUCAUGAGCCCUCAUGACCCAUGGUACCACACUUUCCAGUCUCAUCCAUUUACUCUACUUUCUGAGCCCAAGGAAACCUCCAACGACAGACUAAUGAUGUACUUUAAGGCAAAAAAGGGCAUCACAAAUCACUUGCUAAACAAAAUUUUGAUAUCCGGUAAAGAGAGUGUGAAUGUCAGAAUUUUGCUCGAAGGACCUUAUGGUGGUGAUAUGUUACCUCAGAAGGUACACACUGAACGGAAGGUGGUAGGUGUUGCCGCUGGAUUAGGCAUUACUGCUGUCUACGCACAAUCCCUACGUUUAAUUAACAGCCAGAAAACUCAGACUGCAAACAGACUGUAUUGGAUUGUAAGAGAUCUACGUGAUAUCGAUUGGUUUUCCGAGGAGCUGAAGUUUUUGCAGUCCAAGAGCUUCGAAAUAUCGGUCUUAUGCACUUGUUCUCGAGAAUUCGACCAGGAGAGCUCAUCGCUCGAUUCGGAUAUUAAAUUUAUGGGUUCGCUUGACAUUCAAAUGCUUUAUAAAAGACCAGAUCUUGCGCAAUUGGUGAAAGAUGAGCUGGUUUCUGCGUCGAAAGUUUCGGAAGAGGUGACUUUUGUAAUUUGUGGACCAGCUUCUUUCAACACCAGCUUCAGAGAAAUCUAUCAUGAAGAAACAAAAGCGACCUCUAUAGGGGUAAGUCUGAAGGAGGAGAGCUUUACAUGGUAG